AUGUCCGUUUCCCCCUCCUCGGUGCCUGCAUUCUCCUGCCCGACGUCAGCCAAGCCUCGUACUUAUCCUCUCGGUAAAGUAGGCUACGGUCCGGAGAAUAAGCGGUAUAGUGUGUCUCAAUUGGGGUCAAGGGAAACCUCAAGUGAAGAUGAUCGCAUGAAUCGACGUGAUUCGGAAGCACAAUGGCAGCACUCACCCCCACAUCAGGAAAAGCAACGGAAGACCGUGCAGAAGGUGACCGCGAGAGAUUCCAGUUCCAAUGCAACUCCGAUUGUGGAAGGUUCGUCGCAGGCAACAAGGACCCUGGUUCCAACGACGUGGCACGGACUUUGA